AGAGGAUUCCUGGUUCGCGGCCGGGUAUGGGCGAGUGAACGGUCUAAAGUUAUACUGUUACACGUAGGCAUAUGAAAAUGUUGACAUAGUACUUUUCUAUUUUUCUUGGUAAUGUACGAUGCAGCUGAUGACUGAUACAAUGUAGCGAUUUCGAUGUUGUAAUUACGCCUUGAUGGUUACUCUGUAUUACCGCUAGAGGAGCACCAACAAUGAGAUGGAUAGAUUCAACUUGUCCCUCAUCCGCCAAUAUGGCGCUGCCAUCACUGCCUUCAGUCGUUGUAAUACUGGGAGGGGCUUUGCCAGUAGUUGGGCAUUUCCUUUCGGAUCAGAUUUCGUUGUCAGACAGGCAUUUAAAUCUGCUGCAGUAAAGAAGCCGGGGAAGCCAGUGACCGCACAACAUUCUACGCAGCAGUAGGAAUAGUGCUUUAUUAUAGCUAUUUUGUUGUUUCUUCAUUUGCCUCGAGAAAGGUCUAUUAUUUAGGACAGUAUUUUGAAGCUUCAACCGCUUCAGUAUUCAAAUGUAAGACGAGAUCACAAUUUGACAGCUAAGCUUGAUACGUGCAUCAUUUUUGGAAUUCCUCUACAGCCUGAAUGAAAAUCGUGCAUUAUAGCUGUGAUAUGAAAAUAUGCAUGUAGAAAUGAUUUAGCAUCGCUAGUAUGUGUCUAGUUAAUUAGCUGGCUUAUAGUCGUCUGAAUGCAUCUGUGUCUCGUGUUUGGCUUGUAAGGACUUGAGGAACGAACGCUUCCAUUGAAGGAUGUGUCUGCAUAUAGUUUGAUUGAAAGGAAAAACAAACCAUCUACUAAAUCAAUGACAAAGAGAUCCUCCGAAUUAUUUGAAUAGAAUACUAGAAUAGAAAUAGAAAAUAGAGGUCUCUAUAGAGUAUAAGGUUGUCCAUUAUCGAAUUGCAUCAUGUUCAGCUGGUUGGGUACCGAUGACAGGAGGAAGAAGGAUCCUGAGGUCUUUCAGACAGUCAGCGAUGGCCUCAAGAAGCUCUACAAAACCAAAUUGUUGCCAUUGGAGGAACACUACAAAUUCCACGAGUUCCACUCGCCCGCCUUAGAGGAUGCCGACUUUGACAACAAACCCAUGGUUCUCCUUGUGGGGCAGUAUUCCACUGGAAAGACCAGCUUCAUACGAUACCUGUUGGAGCAGGAUUUCCCUGGAAUGCGGAUCGGGCCAGAACCCACCACAGACUCCUUCAUUGCAGUGAUGCAUGGAGACACGGAGGGGCUGAUCCCUGGCAAUGCCCUGGUGGUCGACCCCAAGAAACCCUUCAGGAAGCUCAACGCCUUCGGAAACGCAUUUCUCAACAGGUUUGUGUGUGCCCAGCUGCCCAACCCUGUUCUGGAGAGCAUCAGUGUGAUUGAUACUCCUGGUAUCCUGUCUGGAGAGAAGCAGAGGAUCAGCAGAGGCUACGACUUCGCCGCCGUGCUGGAGUGGUUUGCAGAGCGCGUGGACCGAAUCAUCCUCCUCUUCGACGCCCACAAGCUGGACAUAUCAGACGAGUUCUCGGAGGUCAUCAAGGCCCUGAAGAAUCACGAAGACAAGAUCCGGGUGGUUCUAAACAAGGCAGACCAGAUUGAGACGCAGCAGCUGAUGAGGGUCUACGGCGCACUCAUGUGGUCGCUGGGGAAGAUCGUCAACACGCCCGAGGUGAUCCGUGUCUAUAUCGGGUCAUUCUGGUCGCACCCGCUGCUCAUCCCCGACAACCGUAAGCUGUUUGAGGCGGAGGAGCAGGACCUGUUCAAGGACAUCCAGUCACUGCCCCGCAAUGCUGCCCUCAGGAAGCUCAAUGACCUCAUCAAGAGGGCACGCCUCGCCAAGGUCCAUGCCUAUAUCAUCAGCUCUCUGAAAAAGGAGAUGCCCAGUGUGUUUGGGAAGGAGGGCAAGAAGAAGGAGCUGAUUAACAGUCUGGGAGAGAUCUACAGCCGCAUUGAGAGAGAACACCAGAUCUCCCCUGGAGACUUCCCCAACCUCAAGAAGAUGCAGGAGCAACUUAAUGCCCACGACCUGAACAAGUUCCAGCCCCUGAAGAUAAAGCUGCUGGACACGGUGGACGACAUGCUGGCCCACGACAUCGCCGGUCUCAUGGUGCUGGUCAGACAGGAGGAGACCAACCGACCCCAGCAGGUGGUGAAGGGAGGGGCCUUCGACGGCACCCUCAACGGGCCCUUCGGCCACGGCUAUGGCGAGGGCGCCGGGGAGGGUAUCGAUGAGGCAGAGUGGGUGGUGGCCCGCGACAAGCCCAUGUACGAUGAGAUCUUCUACACGCUGUCGCCGGUCAACGGGAAGGUGACUGGUGCCAACGCCAAGAAAGAGAUGGUGAAGUCCAAGCUUCCCAACACGGUGCUGGGGAAGAUCUGGAAGCUGGCUGACAUCGAUAAGGAUGGGAUGCUGGAUGACGAGGAGUUUGCCCUGGCCAAUCACCUGAUCAAAGUCAAACUGGAGGGGCACGAGCUACCCGCCGACCUCCCCGGUCAUCUCAUCCCCCCCUCCAAGAGGAAAAUCACUGCUGAGUAGACCCCCCCCCCCCUGCACGCUCACCUCCUCAGGGCGUUGAACAAGAGAGGGAGUGAGUAAGAGGGAAGAAGAGAGGGAGUGGGUAAGAGGAAGGACAGUGAAGGAUCUAUGGGGGGUGUGGGGGUAAAUUUAUCAAGGUUGGACAACCACGCUUCACCAAGAAACAAAGAAAAGCAGAAACUUUGUGUUUAUGAUUAGUGGGAGCAAAGGGAUUGGUUUGCUCUUCUGGGAGAUGUCUGAUUUUUUUUUUUCAUUUUUUAUUGAACUGAAGGGGGUAAAGGUCCUGGUUCAAAGUUCAGAGUCGAGGGAACUGAUAUUGGACUCUGCACCGCCCACAUGCCCUAUUGUUAUACACCACUGAGAGUGUGCUAUCUGUGACACAAUAACCUGCAUUAUCAUUGGAUACAUGAACACUGUCAGUUUCUCUCCAGCAUAAAUGAUUUGUUUUUCAUUUGAGCCUGUUUUGUAGUCUGCUUCAUAUCUCCCCAGAAAAUGGGCAUGUUUCAAAAGGAUAAACUAAUGUCAAUACUAAAUCCUAAUAAUCCUUCUAGUUAUCACUUUAAAACACAAUAACGGUCAAAUGUAGUGACAGGAAUCCUUUUUAUAAGUAGGUAGUGUAGGCAUAUGAUAUUUUCUUCUUGUGAACAGGCAGCAUCCUAACACAUGCAGGCCCUUCAUAGCCUGACCAAGAGACUGUUACAACUGUAUAGAGUUGGUAGACCUUUAAAUGUAUAGUGUUUGAAAUUGCCUUCUAGUAACUAGUAUCCUUGUCAAACGUCUGUAUGUUUAAUACCUAUUUAAUCUAUUAUUUAGCAUACUUAUGUAAUUCUAAUCACUGUUGAGAGAAAGAGACUUCAAUCUUUCCAUAGAUAUAACUGACAAUGGAGAUGAUGUUUAUGUCCUGUUCUGGCGUUUCCAAUUGGACAUAGUACAGUAUAUAUAGAAAUAUUCCCUUGUUCAUCUACUCAUUAGACGCAUAACCCAUUAGAAAGCAAAGGUUUCAAAUUACUACUCGAGUCCGAUUAUCUUCGAUUGCUUCCCUCGAUAAAUAGCACAAAACAAUACUAUAGUUAUAGUCUUGCUAUACUCUGACGAUCAAUAUGCUAUCGGCAUACAGUGUAUAUCUAUCAUAGAGACUGUUGACACCACUUCUGGAUAUUAUCCACCAUAAAUAUUAUGAGGUCAUAAUCCAAAUACCCUGUGUUCUUGUACCUGAUUAUUCAGAAACUGAAAGGUGGAAUAGGUCAGAAAUAUAUGAGAAUUGUAUGUAGAAAAGGUUCAGGGCAAGUUGGAUUUUGUAGCUAUUGUAAUACAGUGACAGUUAUUAUUGGGAUCAUAGUGAGGGAACACUCAUCUGAAAGUAGUUCCUAGGGGGAAUUGAAAUGUUGAUAGACUAUACUGCACAGUAUCAAAGGGAGUUUCUUCCACUCACACUGUCCACAAGUGGUAGGUUUCUUUCCCUACCUGAUAUGACUGUUACUUGCUCUGCUUCUCUUCUGCUGUGUAUUCAUCUGUUGCUGCUGAUAGUACGCUAAGUAUCCUGUCGUCAUCAAAUUGAGUAGAUCUUGCAACUAAUAAAGGUGACAGAGCCAAGCAUUUCUCAUUCUGGUUCCUGCUUUUGUUUAAACUAAUUACGGUAAGAGUCCUGAGUUAUGAAUCUACAAGAUUACUUUUUUCAUGCACACCCGUUAGAGAUAUACAGUUCUAUUAUACUACAUUGUAGAAUAAUAGUGACAUCAAAAUUGUUUUAUUUUACCAUUAUUUA